AUGCUGUUCAAGAACGGAUCACCUAGGCACCUAACGCAUGGACAUGUCCAGACGGGUUUUCAAACUGUGAGGACAUGGGAUGUUAACAAUGAAAAAAAGCACAAAAGUGUAUUUAAACCACGAUCAGUUCAAGGAAAAAGGGUGAUUCCUACAACUUGCACGUACAGCAGAGAUGGUAAACUUAUUGCAGCUGGCUGUCAAGAUGGCUCCAUCCAAAUCUGGGAUAGGAAUAUGAGCGUACACACAAAGUUCCAGUGCAGGCAAGCCCAUGUUCCAGGCACUGACACUUCAUGCUUGACAUUUUCCUAUGAUGGUACUGUCCUUGCCAGCCGGGGAGGAGAUGAUACUUUAAAGAUAUGGGAUAUUAGACAAUUUAAAAAGCCUCUUAAUUCAGCGGAAAGACUGCCCAGCUUCUUUCCAAUGACAGAUUGUUGUUUCAGCCCAGAUGAUAAAAUACUAGUCACAGGCACCUCUGUUAAGAAAGGUGGUGGCAGUGGGAAACUGUUUUUCUUUUAUCGGGAGACAUUCCAGAAGUUGUACGAGAUAGAAGUUACAGAUGCGAGUGUUGUGCGCUGCCUUUGGCAUCCCAAGCUGAACCAGAUCAUGGUUGGCACAGGAAAUGGUUUGGCCAAAGUGUACUAUGAUCCUGUCAAAAGCCAGAGGGGAGCAAAAUUAUGCGUGGUCAAAACAAAAAGAAAAGAGAGACAAGCAGAGACUCUUACACAGGAUUACAUUAUAACACCCCAUGCACUUCCAAUGUUCCGUGAACCACGGCAGCGAAGCACCAGGAAACAGCUGGAGAAGGAUAGGCUGGACCCCAUGAAGUCUCACAAACCUGAACCUCCAGUAGCAGGACCAGGUCGUGGUGGGCGUGUUGGAACUCACGGAGGUACCUUAUCAUCAUAUAUAGUCAAGAAUAUUGCACUGGAUAAGACAGAUGAUAGCAAUCCUCGAGAGGCUAUUUUACGUCAUGCAAAGGAAGCGGAGGAGAAUCCAUACUGGGUUGCUCCGGCAUAUGCUAAAACGCAGCCAAAAACAGUUUUUGCAGAAGUGGAACCAGAAGAUGAUGAAACAGACAAGCCAGAGUGGAAAAAACGUAAAAUUUGAAAAAUUUGAUUUAAAGAAUAUUUUUAGAGCAUUUGAAACAAAGUGCAGCAUUUAUUUCUUUAUUAUGGCUAGAGGAUCAAAAUUUGAAAGCAAAAAUUACUUCCAAUUCAUGAAACUUGCUGCAAAGUAAAAAGAGAUUGCUGUAUUACACUGGAUUGUAAUCCCACAUCUGAAUUUUGUAAUAAGGAAUGAAUUACAUUGUGCAAAAAACUCCUUUCUGUGUCAGUUAUUUAGCUUAAUGAUUUAAGUGGAAAAUACUUCUUUAUAAAUAGAAUUCUAGUGAAUUCAUGAUAUUGCCAAAUGUUUUUUUAAUUACUGCCAACUUUACAAAUGCUGUGUCAUGAGAGUGUUCAAUGCUUUUAAGUAUAUAAAUAAAAUAAUACAAUUUCUCAGAC